UCACGUGCCUAAUCGUAUGAGAAAGCACCAUGGCAAGCGCGUCAGGAACUCCGUAUUCGAUGGAGGGAGGUCACGGGUCUUCAUCGAUUCAAGUUGACGAUGUUGAUCAAGAAGCGGCCGGUGGCUUCUUUAUGACGGAUACGACAAGGCUAGACGAACUGAAGACGCAUUUGGAUGGAAGCAAAGAUGGCCAGAAGUUGGAUGCAAUGAAAAAAAUCAUCGGAAUGAUUGCUAAAGGUCGCAAGGUAUCCGUUCUCUUUCCUUCUGUUGUUAAGAAUGUCGUGUCGAAGAACGCAGAAAUCAAAAAGCUAGUCUAUGUUUAUCUCGUUCGCUAUGCUGAGGAAGAGCAAGACUUGGCGUUGCUUUCUAUCAGCACCUUUCAGAAAGCAUUGAAAGAUCCUAAUCAGCUGAUUCGAGCUAGUGCUUUGAGGGUUUUAUCAAGCAUCAGGGUUCCUGUUAUAGUUCCCAUCAUGAUGCUGGCUCUCAAAGAGUGUGUAACUGACAUGUCAGCAUUUGUAAGGAAGACUGCAGCACAUGCCAUUCCCAAGUUAUACAGUCUUGAUCCUGAGCAAAAAGACAACUUGAUUGAAAUCAUAGAACGACUUCUCAAAGACAGGACAACAGUAAGGUUCUUGAAGUUGACACAGAAUUUAAAUGAGUGUUUUAGAUGGGUUGCACUUAUACUCUAAGCAAGCAGUUGUGACCAGGCCAGCUGUGGUCAGCUUGGUUUCAAGAUGUCAUGUAGAUGUGUGUUGAGUUGUGUGAAGCUGUGCU